CGAUAUGUUGGGUAGCGUCCCGGCAGCAAAACAAGAGAUCCGAGACUAAAGUAUUUUGGAACGCCAGGCACCAGUCUUCGCGGUGACCUGGUGGCGAGCGGGUGUGUGUCGUGCCGCUCCGUGCCUCCUAUUUCUCGAUCAGUGACUGGUGUGAUAGCAAAAGUGAUGACGUAGGAGGGGAGGAGGCGCCCACGACCAAUCAGGUGUCUUCUCUUAUCGGACUGAGGACAGGCGUUCGUUGAGUCGGAUUUCAGAGCGGAUACGGAUUCUGCGCCGGAUGAGGGGACGAAAACAAAGACUGGAGAUAUUUGAGUGAGAAAAGGAAGGAAAAUUAUGUAUGAUGGUGAACGAAGCUUAAUGGAAACCUUUAUAUGAAAGUGAAACGUGAGAAAGAGAUUGGAAAAAAGGAAAAUUAAGACCAGGAGCGAUUCCCAAGCACAGUGUCAAGUGAAAUUUUAAAUUGGAAAAAGAGGAAGGAACAGGAAAGAUUAAAAAUGUGAAAUGAUUUCUUUUUUUUUUUGUGUGUGAUACGUUUAACAUCACGACCUAACCCAAGACGAGAGAGAGAGAGAGAGAGAGAGAGAGAGAGAGAGAGAGAGAGAGAGAGAGAGAGAGAGAGAGAGAGAGAGAGAGAGAGAGAGAGACACACACAUAAAAGAAAGAGACAGAUUAAGAUAGAAAGGUCAAAAGUGGACAUUAAUAUCUACAAGAGAGCGAGAGCGAGAGAGAGAGAGAGAGAGAGAGAGAGAGAGAGAGAGAGAGAGAGAGAGAGAGAGAGAGAGAGAGAGUCACAAGUGGACAUAAAAAAACUGCUGAGAUACUAACCUGGACGAAGAAAAGCCGGAUUUGACCCACCGCACCUGACCCGUGGCCUUCACCAUGCUGGGUCAAAGGUCAUUCACGUGUCCUAUCUUCCUACUAGUCGUCUGCAUCGACAAACCAUCUCUUGUCGAUACCAAGGUGCGCAUUGACCCAAGGCGAAAUGAUCUCAAGGUUCCGAUCCCCGUGCCCAUGGCCUCCCCCACACCUGACCCGGGCCCGCACAUCGUGGAGGACUCGCCGAAAUAUGUGGUGGCAGCGGUGGGAUCGCCCGCCUACGUUCCCUGCAAGACACGGAGCAUCGGGUCGAAAUCGGUUUCAUGGAUAAGACACAGGGACCUUCAUGUAUUGACUGUGGGUUCCUUCACCUUCACCAACGACGCACGCUUCUCCGCCUACCGGGACCAGAACACCGGGGACUGGGUGCUGGUGCUGAGGAACCCCGAACCCUCAGACUCUGGCCUGUACGAAUGUUCCAUCUCCACUAAGCCUGUCACCGCCAUUACCGUCAAACUGCAGGUGGUGGUACCCACGGUGGAGCUGCUGGGGGGCGGGGCAGUGUACCUGGACCGCGGCAGUACCCUGAACCUCACCUGUAUGGUACACUUCAGCCCUACACCACCUGACUUCAUCUUGUGGUACCAUAGAGACAAGCUCGUGAAUUACGGUCAGCCUGGACGGAACAUUAGUGUGAAGACUGAGCACUUCGAGGACACCACCCGCUCCUCCCUGCUGGUCGAGAACGCCACCACUUGGGACUCCGGGGUUUACUCCUGUAAGCCCUCCAACGCUAAACGGGCAUCCAUCAAGGUUCACGUCCUCACCAGCGAGACUCCGGCCGCCAUGCAGACAACUACGAGUGGUUGCCAACUGGUACGCACGACCUCGCCCCUUGUAUCUUUUUUUGCCUCCACCCUAUUCUUGUCCUUCUUCACCCUCCGGCUAUUAUAGGUAUAGUACUAUUAAGGCUGGGAUAGGAUAGGAUGGGCGAGAGAGAGAGAGAGAGAGAGAGAGAGAGAGAGAGAGAGAGAGAGAGAGAGAGAGAGAGAGAGAGAGAGAGAGAGAGAGACUCAUCCCUAUUUCCAAAACCCCUCCCAGAGAUGCAUUUCCCAUUUUCUAUGUAAUUCAAUGUCGUGUCUACGUUUUCUGUUGACUCCAUGUGUAGAGAAGAAUAUAAUAAUUAUUGAUGGGAUUUUUACGUCAUAGGGCCAACUCUGCUGUUUUGUAUAUUAUCUAUACCUUAACCUUGAGUAGAAGGCGCUUACUGCCAUUUUUAAUACUCGUGUGUGUGUGUGUGUGUGUGUGUGUGUGUGUGUGUGUGUGUGUGUGUGUGUGUGUGUGUGUGUGUGUGUGUGUGUGUGUGUGUGUGUGUGUGUGUGUGUGUGUGUGUGUGUGUGU